GCCCAACUGUUCAGUCGCCACGCGGCCAUUGUGUGAGCCGCACACACCAGGGACAUCCAAGGAUCUUGCAGCAGCAGGAGCUGCACCAGCAUUUUCCCCAUCAUCAUGGGCCAACCAUCGACUACGGGUGUCGGUCCCAGGAGCUGGACCCUCUGCGGAGCCGUCCUGCUGUUCAUUCUGCAGUUAUUCCAGACCUCCGAUGCACUGCAUCACACCGAGGAGGGACUCGAGUUGCUCUUUCGUGAACGCUCACAGUCGGACUGGGAGAAUGUGUGGCAUCAGGAGACACACUCCCGGUGCCGGGACAAGCUCAUCCGCCAGUUAUACUGGGCCUGCGAGAAGGACAUUUACCGCCUGACGCGACGCAACCGCAAGCGGACGGGCAACGACGAGGCCUGGAUCAAGCAGAGCUCCUCCUCCUCCUCGAAACCUGGUACGCCCCCGUCGACUUGGCUGCACGUGAACUACGCCAACAUGUUCUUGAGGACUCGUCGCUCCAACGCUCCAUCGAUCACCAACGAGUGCUGCACCAAGGCUGGCUGUACCUGGGAGGAAUAUGCCGAAUACUGUCCUUCCAACAAGCGACGCAAUCAUUAUUGAUUUCCCUUUGGUUGUUCUACAGAUACAUUUGGUUAUAUACUAUAUAUGCUUUUUGUUUUAUCUGUUGUUCUUGUUGUUGGUGUUGGUGUUGGUGUCAUUGUCGUUUGGGUGUGUGUGCAUCAGUGUGGGUCUAAAUGAAUAAAGUUUAUGGAUCGUCAAAGUCCUUGGGGUUCACAAAAAAAAACAAAAAAAAAACACUUGUACUAAGUUCAUCUAGAUUUCUAUACAUUCUACGAGUACAUAUAGUAUGUAUGUAUGUGCGGUAUAUCAGUAUAGUUGUUGACUAUUUUCUAAACUAUAUGUUUUGGGUACCAUCAGACAAUGAGAGAGAGAGAGAGGGAGCUUGAAAGUAUAAUUAGAUAGGUGGAGAUGGCCUUUCCGUAAAGUUUUCUUUAUGAAAAAUAUAUAAGAAGAAAAGACAUCCGCGUUGUGAGUGAGCUACGAUGAUGAACCCGACGAGACACACACAGCGAGAGCAUCUUCGGAUUGACGAGAUGUCUUCAACGAUUCGGUGCACCUGCAAGAGCCUAUUCUUGCUUGUACUUUCUUCAACUCAUGAAUCAUUAUACUUGCGCCGAUCGUCUUUGAGACUGAAGGCGACCCACAAUGGAGGAGGAGCAGAAGAAAGUCUUCUUUUGUACGAGUAGCGUGUGGCGUGGUGUAGUAGGCCUUUGCUUAAUUACAAGAAUCAAACGAAUAAUCUGUUUAUAUGCUGGGAGGGCGAGAAACCUUUCUCAACUUAUUAAAGCAUAUAGCUUUAUUGGAAACAGAAACGAGAAUGUCCACCAGUUUCAUGUUUGCAAAGAUAGUUUUUU